AUGGCAAAGCAAAUUUGCAACCUUCUAGUUGGUAACAAAGGUUACCAACCAGGCUCGUGGGACCCAACUAGUAUGCACAUCCGGUGCUUUUGCCACAAGCUGGCCUUAAUAGUAAACGCGGGCCUGCAGGCCCUGUCUCUCAAGACUCUUCCUCCCAAGAGAGAAAAAGCAUCAGUUCUGGGAUUCUUCCCAGUCCUUGGGAAGAUGGUUGAAGAAGAUGAGCAAGAUCUCAGUGUUCAAGAUUUGCCUGUUGACGUCAAAGGUGCAAAGAAGACAAGCCCUCCCAUCAAUCUUGCGUUAGAUUCCGACAGCGACUAUGGGAAUGCAGACAAUGAGAAUUCAGACAAAGGCCCCAAAGAGUCUGAUGAAAACAACACAGAUCACGAGACCACGUCAGCCGCACAUCUUCAACAUGCCAAGACCACCAAGCUCAAGGAGCUUACCAAGGAGCUUGAUGUAGUGAUCAAACAGAUCACUCGCUCAGCAGCCCAGCGUUCAAACUUUGACCUUACGACUCGGAAGCUGAAUUUUAAGGUGGCCCCUUUGAUUGCGGGGUACGGCAUCCGCUGGAAUAUUUGCUAUCAAAGUCACUGUAAGGCUAUUGAAGCCCGUGAGGUGAUUGAUCAAAUCCUCAAAGACAAUCAGCAGCACAACUCACCAGAAAUCUUUUCCAAUGCAUACUUCUCCCCGCGCGAUUGGAAGGAAUUAGAUGACCUCAAUUGUGAGCUGGAGUGUGAGCCUGGGUCUCUAUAG